CCGAGCGACGCGAGCGUCUUAGGGGUAUCGGUUCCUCGCUUUUUUUCUCCCUCCGGUCUGCCGUCUGUUUUCGUUCGCGCGAACGACCGGUGCUCGCGAACGUAAACCGUAUAACGACUUAAAAACCGUCGCGCGACAUGCGAUCGGGAAGUGACAGUCAAAUUAGGACGGACGAUCGCCGAUCGUCCGGAUGAUAUCGGCGUUCGCGGAGAAUCUGAACGCGCGAUCGUUUCCCUUCCUCUCCCCUUUAUCAUCCGCGAUCGCGAGUGAUAUCGAUGCAGUGAUAAAUAUCGAUCGAACGGGAGGCCGCGCUCUCUCUCUCACUUUCUUCCCGUCUCUUUUCGAUCGCGAGGAUCGAGUGACGGCGCGCGUGCGACGAUUGAUAGCCAAGAUCGGAUUUCGCACUCGGGGUUAUUAUUGUUCCCGGUGACGUGCUUAGCUGGUGCGCGGCCUCUUUGUAGAAUGGACACUCGCCGACGUAACGACGGCGUUGUCAGCGGCGCGGUGCGCGCAUCGAUCAACCCGCGAGGGUAAAGCGACCCUCGUCGAGGGACGAGAACAGGGAGACGCGAACUUUCCGCCGAGAGAGAGGCCGGUCUUUUUUUCUUUUCAUUCACCGCGCCGCGGAUACGUAAUCGAUAGAUAAUAAACCGCCGCCGCGAAGAGGGACAAAUGGAUGCGGAGACUCGUCGCCGCGCAGCUCCCGUCCUCGUGAAAUGGCAGACGCGUCGCGGAUCGGCCGCUUCGCCGGCGGUUUUCGUUUCCGACGGGCGACACGGCUGAAAUGAGAGACGAUCGACGACGACUCAUAUCGAUAUAUAUACAUAUAUCGUAGACGUGUGCGAGAGCGCGCGCGCGCGUGCGAAACAUCUCGCGGAGUUGGUUCUGUGCCUGUUUGGUGUGCGUCGAGAUCAAAUAAAUAAAUAAAUAAAUAAAAGGGAAGAGAGAAAACACAUCCGUCCGUCAAAGUGUGGCAUCGAGAUAAGUCGCGUGUGCUGGUCGGGUGCCCGAUCUCUUCCCUUAUCUCGGUGGAAUUUUUCGCUGUGCGUUGUACGCGAUUCCCGGACUAGAACAUCACGAAGAGAGAAAGCCCUCGGAUAUAUUAAUGAAGAUGUGCCGCGGAUUGAUCGAUCGGUUGCUCUUGCUAGCGGCGUUCGGAAUCACAGUCCAAGGGCAACUGAAAAGUCCACGGAUAACCGAGCACCCGUCGGACAUAAUAGUCGCGAAAAAUGAGCCGGUGACGUUGAACUGCAAGGCGGAGGGUAAGCCCGAACCGGUGAUAGAGUGGUACAAGGACGGCGAGCUCGUGCAGACGUCGCCGGGCGACGUCAAGUCCCAUCGGGUCCUGCUGCCUACGGGAUCUCUCUUCUUUCUGCGGGUGAUGCACGGCAAGAAGGAGCAAGAUGGCGGUGUAUAUUGGUGCGUCGCGCGGAAUAAGGCCGGAUCCGUCCCGAGCAGGAACGCCACUCUCACAGUCGCAGUGCUGCGGGAUGAGUUUCGCGCAGAGCCGCAGAACACGAGGGUCGCCGCCGGGGAGACGGCUUUGCUGGAGUGUGGACCGCCCCGGGGCCAUCCGGAGCCGACCCUACAUUGGAAAAGGAACGGUCACAUAAUAGACCUGGAGGCGACGAAACGGAUAACCCUCGUGGACGGAGGUAAUCUAAUGAUAUCCGACGUGAGGCCGGCCGAUCAGGGCAAGUACCAGUGCAUCGCCGAAAACAUGGUCGGCACCAAGGGAUCCGCGAUAGCGACCCUCACGGUUCACGUGAAACCGUACUUCGUGGCCACGCCGUCGAAUCAAACGAUCCUCACGGAUCAGACGGCGGAGUUCGUCUGCAGGGUGGGUGGCGACCCGUCACCGGAGAUUCUGUGGCGGCGAAACGACGGCAAGAUGCCGAUAGGUCGGGCGCAUAUCCUCGAGGACAAAAGUUUACACAUCGAGCGGGUGAACCCCCAAGAUCAGGGAACGUACAUCUGCGAGGCGAAUAACGGCGUCGGGACGAUAUCAGCGAGCGCCACUCUUACCGUGCACUCGAGACCGGUAUUCACCAACUUCCCCAAGGACGAGACAGUAAGCUCCGAGAGCGACGUUACCUUCUCGUGCGCGGCGCGAGGCGCGCCAAAGCCGUCGAUAUUUUGGACCCGGGAGGGCUCCCAGGAGCUAAUGUUCCCCGGCCACACGUAUCAGAGCCACUACACCGUCACGGAAAACGGAAGUCUGAGUAUCAAGGGCGCCGUCAGGAAGGACGAGGGCCACUACGUGUGCAGCGCCAUUAGUCAGGCCGGCGCCAGCACCGCGACCGUAUUUCUUCAGGUGACGUCCGCCGAAGAGACACCGCCGCCUAUAAUCGAGCUGGGUCCGGCGAAUCAAACCCUGCCGUUGAAGAGCGUCGCCUCGUUGCCCUGUCGCGCGGUUGGUACACCCACGCCGAGGGUUCACUGGCACAAGGAGGGUGUGCUCGUACGUCAAGGCGGCCGGAUCACGAUGGCCAUCAACGGCACGUUGUUCAUCGACGAUCUGCACACCAACGAUUCCGGGCUGUACACCUGCAUCGCCUCGUCCGAAUCCGGCAACACCUCGUGGUCGGCCUACCUGCUGACGGUGAGUUCCGGCGCCAGUUUUCAUCGCACGCCCGACGUGUCGGCGCUGCCGCAGAACCCGAGCAAGCCGCGAAUAGUGAACGCCACCAGUAACUCGAUCACUCUGACCUGGAGCCCGGGCCAAGAGGGUCAGAGCAAGAUCAUCGGCUACAAUAUCGAGUACUACAGCAGCAACCUAAACACCGGCUGGGUGGUGGCGGCCACGGGUGUCCUCGACGACAUCUAUACCGUGACAGAUUUAAGGCCGGAGACCAAUUACGUUUUCCUAGUACGGGCGGAAAAUAGCCACGGGCUCUCGCUACCCGGACCAUUGUCGGACGUGGUGCAAACUACUAACGUAAAUCAACAUACGGUACCACAAGUGGAACUGACUCGUGCCAGAGAUCGGUUGAACAGCGAGAUUUUACAUCUCAAAGAGGUGCAACCGUCGACUAGCACUAGCGUCAAAAUUAUGUGGGACAUUCUCGGCGCGGCGGAUUUAGUGGAGGGUCUUUAUAUACGGUAUCGCGAGGUUUCCGAGAAACCAGAAUAUCAGAUGGUUACGGUGCUCAAUGCCGGCGCCACCAGUUACGUGCUCACCAAUUUAAAGAAGUAUACGCGAUACGAAUUCUUCCUGGUCCCGUUCUACAAGAUAAUCGAGGGUCGACCGAGCAACGUGAAACUGGUCACCACUCUGGAGGAUAUGCCCUCGGGCGCUCCCGAGAACGUUCACGUAGGGAUGAUAAAUAUGACCUCGGCGUUCGUUCGGUGGUCGCCGCCGCCGAAGAACACUCAAAACGGUCAAUUGAUCGGUUACAGGAUUCAGAUCAAGAGCAAUAGCAGUAACAAAAUCCUCGGUCAAAUGUCCCUGAACGCGUCAACUACGUCGGUGAUCAUCAACAGUCUGACUACUGGCAGUUUAUACACGGCGCGCGUUGCUGGACAAACUCGCGUCGGGCUCGGUCCCUACUCCAGUCCAACACUGUUGAACAUGGAUCCGGGACAACUGACGCAGUUACCACCCCGAACCGAUCCCAGUCACGGAGGCGCGUCCGUCGUCGGAGAAACGUGGUUUCUCGUGCUCAUGAUAACGACGAUAUUCAUCGUUGUCGUCGUGUUGUUGCUAGCCGCGCUGUACGUGAGACGCAGGCAAGCGAUGAGCAAGCAAUUGGGUCACUUGAACGUACCCGUGGGUACCGCAAACGAUAUAUGUCAAUUAAACAAGGAUACGCUCUGGCUGGAGCGCGGUUGGCGUCCUACCAAUACACUCCAGGCUGCCAACGACAAGGAUUGCGAGACCAAGUUGCUCAACAAUCAACAUAUGCUCACGGCCGGUAUAAUGGGUAUGACUGGCUCGGAGUACGCCGAGGUAAAUCUAACAACGUUUUAUAACACGCGGAAGCAAAUGCAGGCACCGCCACCGGAACCGUACGCUACCACGACUCUGUGCGUGGGUAGUCGUAAUUCGGACUCGAUCGAAACGAGCUGUCAGAAGUCGAACUCUAGCGACUCGUGUCUAAAACCCGAUUAUUCGAGUCUGGACUCGAAUCAGGAGCCUAACAAAUCCACGGUAUCGCCGAGUAGCGAUAACAUGAGUGGCGGCGACGCUACCUACGCGGACGAGAAUCUAGAAAUACAGAGGAGGCAGUACAGAAUAGCGGGACCAACGAGCAGCGACGUGCCUCAGACGAGUAUGCCGAUGCCCAACUGGUGCGACAUGUUACCUCCACCACCCGAGCAUCCGCCUCCGCUCGGUACGUCAAUGGCCACCGGCCGAAUGCAACAGCAGCAUCCGCAACAACAGCAAGUGCCGUUCAGUCCGCAUCUCGGCAAGAGAAGCGUUCAAAACGACCUGGAUCAUUGCGGUAGUUCUGGUGCUGGCUCGGGCAAUCUACAGAGUCCACCUACUCCGCCCAUCAGAGUAACCAACAGCUUCAGUCCGUCACCGACACCAUGGAACAGUGGUGGGCAGAGUCAACAACACUCUGAACCCGGGGUUCUCCCGGUAUCCGGCAAUCUACAGGUGUCACAAGGAAGAUACACGACGCUACCGCCGCAGACUAAUCCGCCGCCGUUGCCCUCGUUCCCGCAGACUUUCAAUCAUUACGACUACAAGAAUCAGGAGAAUGAGUACGAGAGCGGUUCCGUCAUUUACGGUCAUCAUCAUCAAAACGGUCUAUCGGACGACUACGGGGUCCGCGAAUCCGCGUUUGCGCGCUCCUCCAAUCAACAACAGUCGCAUCUGACGCCGUCGUCCGUGAACGAGGAGCUCUAUCGGCACAGGGAUGAUAUGUUUCACAAUGACAAUCUUUAUCAGCCCGAAAACGACGAGUGGGACAGGAAGUCGUGCGACUCCAACACGCAUUCGGACGCAUGUUGCUCGUGCUCGGAAUCGAGUUGCCUCUACGCCGAUACCGUGCAGUACAACACGCAACAAUACGGUACCGCAUGCGGCCACGGUAGCAGCAGGACAACGGGUUCCCGAAGCAGGAGUAACAGGAGUCCGCGAAGGAGAAACAGAACGGCCUCGCCUACGUACAGUAGCGACAGCAAUUACUCUUGCAUCCCUUCGAGACAGUGCGGAAGCAUGAAUUCGCAGGAAAGGUUGAGGCAUAAUCGUAGUAAAGACAAGUUACCUGGCUUUUCGAGAACGAGUGGUUAUAGCCAGCACAAUUCUUCGGCCUCGAAUACGAUGAGUAGUACGGGCAGUCAACGAUACAAUAAGCUAAAUAGUAUCUUCGCAAGCGGCAAUAACCCGAUCGUUCCAACGGAGUCUAGUCGACUGGGUGAUCACCGUGAGAGCUAAAUUCUGCCUGAACGUAUAACAAGUAUAGGACGUGCCUGAACGAACGGCCUUCGAUCACAACGAACGAUCGUAGUCUGCAUUACGGGAGGCCGUUACGCAGUCAGCAAACUUGUCGCGGAUGCUCGUCGAGCUACUGUAAGCGCGCCUUUAUAUAUAUAUAUAUAUAUAUAUAUAUAUAUAUAUAUAUAUAUAUAUAUAUAUAUAUAUAUAUAUAUGUAUAUAUAUAUAGUUGACGGCCCGCAAGCCGAUGUACUCUGAUUUAAUUUGUUGAUUAUAUAUACAAGCUCAUGAAAGUGAGUUCGGUAACAAAGUUGCGGGGCGAAUCUCGCGCUUUUCUGUGUACCAUCGCGUUACAUAAUAUUAAGAAGGUUUGAUAGAUUUCGCAAAGUAAUUAGUAAGUAUUCCAUGACUGAGAACGCUUACGUUUAGCCGAUUAUAUGCGGCGGUAGCUUAAGCUCGUAGAAUAACCCUAUGUUCGUACGAAGCGCAAUAACUGUCUUCUAUCGCGGAAGCAACACAAUCUCGACACUUGGAGAUUCCAAAAUAAAAACCCCGUGAUUGACACUCGCGACGCUUUUCAUUAACGCUUUAACGCCGGUAUAACCCGUUAUAUACAUGACGUUUUCGAUCGUUUUGUAUUCAGUAUUGGGCUACAAAGGGGCUUUCAGAAAAAAAGAGGAUCACAACGCGACGCUUAAUUUUAUUUCUUUUUCACACAGAUUUACUGCCAAACAGACUGAUGAAAAAGUUUUACUGAACUUUACUCGUAUUUGCUUUAAGUCUCAUUUUAUAUAACGCUGCAAAAUGAAAACGAUCACAACUUUCGAGCGAUAUUAUGGAGAAAAAAGAGAGGAAAAAAAAAGUUGUGCGAUAUUUUCAUUGCAAAUUGUGGUUUGCUGUCGCGUCAUGUUCCUCGAACGAAGAUUCAAUCCCCAAGCUGCCAGACCGGUCUAAAUAUUCCAGUCGGUACUUUUUAAACUUUAUUAUACUUUUGACUGCUAUAUACUGCCAUUCCCGUUGACGUAGCUCGCGCAUCACGUUAAGGUACUCUACUAUUUUAAUUAAGUUAUCUCUUAAAUAUAACUCUAAAAGUCAUAUUUUAACUCGCGAAUAUCUACGACCUACAAAUGGUCUCGCGCGACCGGUUUCCGGUUUAAUAUCAGCGUAUGAAUAUCGCAAUCUGACAUUUCAAAGUUUUUUAUAUGACAAUAGCAUAAUCGGAGAGAAAAAUACGUGGGUGGAAAUUUCAUGGCGUAACGGGGCUUGUUACUUGAACGCGAAUAAAGAAAGGCGCGUACGAAUCAAACAAACGCAGUUUAUCAGUAUUUUACUAAUUGUCGAAAUUUAUUCGCGAGAAGACGGGCUUAAAAUAAUUUCAAUUUAGUUUCAUAUACUAAUGAAACAGAAUUAAGCUUCUUGCAGAAGUGUAAAGUAUAUUCUUGUAAAAAAUAACAUUUUUGAUUAAAAAAAAAAAUUAUGAUUAAAAAAAUUGAUUAAAGUUGUUGAAACAAUCGCAAAGAAAUGCUUCGAGACUAAUUCUUUAAGAAGAGACUAAUAAAUAAUGAGUAUACAUUUUUAUACGUAAUUGUAUGGAGAUUAAUAUUACAAAAAUGAAAUUAUUUCAAAGAUUCUUUGAAUGAUUCUUAAAACAAUAUGAUUUUGUGAUUUCUUUGUGUACGAAAAUAAAAUAAUUCACACAAAAGUCCCGAAAGCAAUCAAACGAAUAAUCUAUUAUAUGCAAGAUUAAAUCGAUCGACUGUAUUUGCUUGUUGUUGGCGUGGAAUAAUCCUUUCGUUACGAUUACAGUUUUUAUCAAAAUUGUUCACUUCCUGCAAACGAAGUAAUAUCUUUUUAUCAUGCGAGACUCAAACGUAUUAUAACGCAACUUGUAGUAUACAGCAAUCACUUAUAUUCAUAUUCCAUUUAAAUGGUAUAUAAUUUAUAAACGAGUUCCUUCGAUUCUGACCGAACGUUUCUCAUUCACGUGUUUUGACAAUUGAAAACUCAGAAUCAAACGAUCGCGUUUAAUACGGCUAAAUGCGGAAUGUGAAGCUGGCAAGCCUCUAUUGUCUUUCUUAAUUUGAACAAUUAGAGGGGGGUGCGAUUACAGUCGUGGUUCUUGGUGAAACACGGGUGAAACCUUAAUGGAUAGGCGAGCAUAUAAUCGUCGUAGCGAAAGGAUUAACGUGUCGUGCUCGCACAUUGAUCAUACAAAGCGUGGCAUUUAUUUUCGACAGCCUGUCCUGGCUACGCGCGACAAAUGAAACAUUAUUUUGGAUAUAACGUUCCUAAAUCUUAAGGCGACCCUGGGGAGGGGGUUAAUUUCCACGAAGAGGGGCGACGUAUAUAAAUCUUCCAAAACGAACGCACGUAGUAAUACGUUUUUAACGAAACGAAGUAACAAUAAACGCGUAAUAUAUAUAUUAUAUAUAUAUUAUCAUAUCAGACACACUCGCAAACGGUCUCUUGUAUAAACUGUACAAAGUUAUUCUAACGAGAUUAGUCAUUAGUUAUUAAUUUAUACGCCGUAUCGACUAAAAUCCGUAUUACGUAAGCGACAGAAAGAGAAAGAGAGAGAGACAGAGACAUGUAAGGUGUUUCGUGUACUCUGUUCAUUACACACGCACGCAACACAAUCUGAUAUAUAAAAUUGAAAGCUAGAAAUGUGCGUUUCGAAGCUGUACUGCCGAUGCAAAGUGCGUUAAUAUUUUCGAACGCGUACCUGAUUCCGAUUUUAUCGGAUGUUUCCGUCGUCGCGGUCUAAUUUUCUCGUGGAAUAAAUAAUUAUACAUAAGUGCGGAUCAUAAAUUUAAAUACCAUACGUUCACAAAAAAGUCUAUUACUAAUAUUAUUAUAUUAUCAAAGGUUUUAGAGGAGAUUGUAAGAAUAAAAAUAUGGAAAGUAGUUAGUAGAAUACUUGUGAAAUAAUGAAAGCAAUACUUGUAACAUGAUUUGCAAGUAAUUUUUAAAUUCUUACACUUUAAAAAAUAUUUCUUAGGCCUUUUCCGCGUUUAUUUUUUAGCUUUCUUUGCGAUCUGUGAGUCUUUAGAUCGAAAACGCAACGAAAUACAUUUGCAUUCGUAGUGAAAGCACAUUUGCAUAGGGAUUUAAAAAAUUGUAUACUAUUAAGAUCGUGAAAUUAUAUUACUGUAUGUACCCUCGUCUUUCUCCCCUUUGAAACGCACAUUUUUAAUAAGAAAGAGAGAAAGUAUGUUGCGUUUAUUCGCAGAAUUUACCAUGUCGCAUUUACAUUACGGAUGAUUCGAAUCAGUGUUUCUCGCAUUAUAUUUCGAUUGAACGAAUCUAGAAAGGAGCUAUAUAAAUCUGUGGCUAAAUAUGUUAUGCAGUGAAUAAAACAUUUUAUAUAUUACAAGAAAAUUGUCGCAAGAAUUUUGUUUUUAACGAACAAAUUUGCAUAUAUGCAAAUAUUUAUCAAGAAUGCGACUGAGAAUGCAUGCAUGUUAAGUACUCCACAUUUAACAUUUACUGACGACACAGCAUUUCCUGAAUGUGCCGCAUAAUUCUUCUAUACGAAUAUAAUUAUUCGAGAAGACAGAGAGAAAAAAAUUAUAAAUUUUAAGUAUAAAAUCAAAAUGCUAAAUAUGUCUACGUUUAAUGCUCUUCACAAUAUGGCCAAUUAUUUAUAUCAUCGGCUAAUUUUCAGAAAAAAACACUGUUUCGAAACACCCGUUUAAUCCGUGAUCCGCGUUUUUUAUUAUGUAUAUAUUUAACCGAGAUAUUUUGUACGCAUUUUUUUAAAGAAAUCUCGUUGAGAUUUGGAUCUUCUUAAUUUUGCGACAGUAUAUUGCGCGGAGCGAUGAGAUUCUCCAAUAAUUCUGUUGAUCUUUUUCCUCCACGUAAUGACGUGUCGCGAUGAAACAAGCGAGAAUGUAGCUUUGUAUGCGAAUGUAUGCGACUUAUUAAUUACGACUUUCAAUUAAGUAAUAAGUAGCGUUAUCAUAAGGAGCUUACAUGUAACUCGUUCAGUGACGCGUGGUAAAUCGCUCAAAUUUGUUAUAUAUAUACAUAUAUAUAUAUACACACGCAAUACAAUAUUAUAGUUUCACUCGGUUCGCGAAUCGAACAUGCUGCCUGAAUAAAAAAAUUAUCUCGUGCGACAGAUACUACUCACUCGGAUACUUGACAAACCACUGCCAUGUGUAUAAAUUCCAUAAAAAAAAAGAAAAAGCAAAAGGUUUCACAUACACAGGAAUUGCGAUCUCGAAAAUGGUCGAGGCACGAAGAAGAGAGAAAGAGAAAGAAGUAAUUAAAAGUUCUAGCAGAGAUAUCGAAUUAAAUUUAUUAACUCAGAGAGUUGAACUUAAGGUCUAUCUAGUGAUAUACGACUAUAUAGCGAUGUAAGUCCCGAUGUGUAUAAAUUUACUCACAUGUACCGCGAUUGUGCACGCGAAUAAAUUUAUAUUCAGUAAAAAAAAGUCCAUCCAAAAAGCGCAGAUGAAGAAAAUAAGUAACGAGUAGAGAGAUUGAGGAUAUCAUCUCGAUACAAUUUUAGGCUAAUGAAAAAAGAAAGAAAAGCAAGUCGAGACUAUUCUAGCUAGAAGGAAGCAUCUCAGUAAACGUAAUUAGGUAGGAUGCGUAUUUUAAGUAUUUCCGUCGUCAGGUACGAGUUCGCGCGAUCAUCAGCGGAGAGUUAAAUCGCGAGAGAAGAGAGAUGUCGAGAUAGCUUCGGCGCUUCUCUAAGACGUGUCAAUGCUUCGUCUUUUCUCUUCUUGUUCUCGCGAGAAGAGAUCUUCCUCGAGAGACAACUGCGUCCGUCAAGGUACGGGUUCAUCAGAGAUGAUUUACCACAUCCAAGAAAAACAGAUGGCUAUAGUUUAUAGCUGCAAACAGUUGAGCUGAGGUGGAUCCGCAGCUUCCAGAUAAAGUUCGCGCGAACUCGGAUCGGCGCGUCGCGCGAUGCAGCUGCAUCGAGGAAGGAUUAAUUAACAACAUUGCGCAUAAACAUAUAUCUCUCUUCGAUGGCUAACAGAAUUGUGACCCUUUCGGAAAGCGCCAGCGUAAUUCUCUCCAUUCCUAAAUGAUCGUGAUUCAAGCCAACAAACGUAUCUGCCAAACCAUCGUAUCAAUGCGCGAAGGAACGAAAAAGAUAACGUAUUAUUUUUAUAUAAUUUGUCAUCUUUGUAUUAUUGUUACGAUGGUUGAGAAGGGGACUUGUAUAAAAAAUACGGUAGAUUGUAACUUCGGUGAAAAGUUGCGCACACGACUCGCGUCAACACGGAAAACACAUACACACAUGUAUUAACAUACACGCGACAUAACACAACAAAUUCGAGCAGAUUCUUAUUUGUCAGUAGAAUUGCCAUCACACAGAUAGGAGAAGAAUGCAUUUAACGUUAGGGCGAAACUGCGAUAAUUCGCAUUUGUAGCGAUAUCGAGUCAUUUCUGUGCGAUAAUCGUUCUCUGGACUUCAAAUGUAAAGAUGAUCGAGACUACCGAAUAUUAACUAAUUAGGACUAUUGUUAAUUGUAUCUAAAUGGAUCUCUUUUUCCAAUUAAAAAUCUCGAGAGUACUUGAAACUUAUCAAAAAGUACUUCAAAUCCAGAUCGAUAUCUUUUUGAUGAAAAUUUCGAGAGAGCUAUUACUUCAAAAGUAAAACCUUCAAGCUUUGCUUGUUAAGGAACAUUAAAGACGAAGAUCUAAUUUUAUUUCUAAAAGAAGAUGCCACGUUUAUUUCACAAAGAGCACAUUCUUAAAAUAAGUCUAAAAAAGAUAGAAUGAGAAAAUUAAAUCAAUUAAAACACCUGUUAUUUGGCAUUGGUGCACUGUAAUUAAUUGGAAAUCUAUACUCGUCAUUACUUAUUUGAAGUGCAUAGAAUCCUCCACGAAAUGCGAAAUACCAGAUUGUAAAAAGAUUGUAACUCUUAGAUUGUGUCAGACUCGCUAAUGACACUCUUUUAUCGGGCUAACAAUGUUUCAUCGAUAAAUGAUGUCUGGCACUCAGAGGGUUAAUUAGACUGUUAGAGAGCUAGAGCUACGUAAAAAUAAUCCAUAUCAUUAAGAACACAAAAUAGUGAUUUUUUUUGUAUCGGAGGCACUGAGAGAGAAAGAAAAAGAAAUGCAAGCUAUUUCUCUCUCUUUCUCUAUGGAUUGCGCUUUACGGGCUGCAUAUGUGUGUGAUUACGAUACAUUCUACAUACACAUGUAAAGGGGUCCGCGAAAACGCGUAUUUAGCUCAAUCUUUCCUUUUUAUAUUUUGUAAAUACAGCAGAUAUAUAAAAAUAAUAAAAGUGGUGA